CGAAAGGCUGGUCGGUGACUACUGUUUCGACAGAUAAUGAAGAUAGUUUGACAGAUCUUUACAAACUGAUCGUUGAAUUGAAGAACCAGCAGCGCGGCGUCCACCAGAACAUGUAAUGUCAGAUUGUAUACUACAAAGAAACUCGGUGAGUACUGUAGCUCUGCUUUAAUGAUUUGAAAAACGACGACUAAAUUCUCGAAGCUUCGUGUACUUUUAUCUCUGUUGUCAUCUCUGUUGUCCACGACAUAAUCAAAACACAAAAAAUGAUGAACGGCGCAUCUUCCUCAUCGUCUUCGUCCAAGGUGCCCCAACAAAAGGGGGAUCCUCGAUUUCCCUCGUUGGGGCUGUUUCCCGCUUGCACUCCCGAAGAAGGCGUUGGCAAUUAUGCUAUCACAGUAAUGGUGCGUUGGCUUUUCAGUUGAAAGCGUUGUAAUGUGGUGUAAUGCAAUGUAAUAUAAUGUAGUACAGUUGUGUAAGGAACGUUUCCACCCGGCUUCACACAAAGGUAGAAAACCAGGAAGAUGCAUUUGCGUAGCAAUGAAAGAAAUGUUUCCACCGUCCACACAAAGAGUGAACCACGUUUUCUAGAAGAACAAGACACCGUAGUUGUUAGCUCCACUGCUUUUCUAUGUCUAGCGCAAGCAUUUGAGGGCGGAUUUUCCGGCUUUUAAUGUGAACAAGUACCCGUCAGAAGCAGCAGUGAACGCGGCGACUUUCCGAGACCUCCUAGCCUAUUGUUAUUCGCGAAAUUGUAAAAUCUAUAAGGAACUUGAGGAAUGCCACGGUCACUGGGUGAUGGUCAACCAAGUCUUAGUGUCGAAGUUCAAGAAAGACAGGUACCUCAUCCUACUAGCCAAAUUAAUUCACUCAGAACUACUAUAAGUACUGCGCCGUUGAUGAGACCACAACAACAAGAAGUGUCAUACUAGGUUGUACUACAACACCACUUGGAAGGACGUACUGGUGAAGAUUGAUUAUGCGAUACACUGGAGUACACUGAAGCAUAAAGUACAAUUCUAUUCUUGGAAAUACAGUGAUUUUGCGCUGCAACAUUAAAGUCACCGAAAAAAUUAUAGAUAAGUUGUAGGUAGUACAGUGGACUCACGCCACAAGACGUUGAAUUUGUAAUGGAGAUGAUUCGAGAUCGAGAAAAGCAUCAGAUGAAUGACGGAAAUCACACAUACACUCCCACACACGACAGAAAGAGUAUCCACAUAAACGAUGCGAUCGGGGGCAUUCCUUUGCUGCAUUUGAUAUGCAAAGUAGGGAGCUGUCGUUACCACGGUCACAGUGGUCCGGACAGCAGACCCCAGGAACAGAUCUCCUCUAGGAAUAAGCUGCUAGAAGCGGUCCUCCUCGACAACUACCUCGAUGUCAACGCCCUCGACCGCCACGGGCAGUCAGCACUAAACUACUGCUUUUCUUAUGGAACACAUGUGCAAGCGAUCGAUCUAAUAGACUUACUCUUGAAUAUGAAGAAAUGAUGAUCUCUCCACUCCACUCAAAUAUCGAUGGCCUCAGAUAUAGAUGCGAAGUGCUAGGUUGAAGGUUCAAGAAGAGGUACCAUCUAAGGUUUCUAUACGUACGAGCGUGGAGACGCAGCGGACGCAGAUGGAACAACGACAGAGGGCUACCUUUUGGUUCUUAAUUGGGUCAAUUGUCGGAUGUUGUUGAAUCACCCUAAUUUCUGCUGUCUCGACUUUCCGACACCCGGUGGCUGCUUCUUUAACAUGCAGGUACUAGCUACGAGUAACAGGAGAGGGUACUUCAGUAAGUAAUUUUCAUGGGGAAUUGAAGGAAUUGGAUUAGAGUUCGCGUUUGUGAGAUCAGAGAUUAGACAACCAGGGUGGAUGUCCCAAGUCUUAGUACCAGAAAGAUUGGUGAACUAGGCUUCUUCCUGCUCUCAACGACUUUCAGUACAACUAGACUUCAAAUUUUUUCGAACAAUCUUGAAGAAUAUCCUUAUUUUUACAACAUCCCAAUUUCUACAGAAUAGAUAUUCCAAUCAUCAUAUUUCAGCUGGACGAGAUGAUGAAGCGUGCCUAUCAGCUCUACACCUCUCCAAUGGUGAAGAAACUCUAUGCGCCAGCGAAGAUAUCCGGGAUGUCGAAGACGUUGAAUUUUUGUGGCACCGAGAUAGAUCGGGCCCGUAGAACCCGCGUAUUUAGUGCUGCAGCGGUCACGGAUAUUAUGCUAUCAGGAGCUUUUUGUAUUUGUACAUCUGUCUCACUUAUUUUGUACUCAUUUAAGUAAAAACAAGAAAGCAUAUGAUACAAGAAUGUUCUUCCAUUUUACUUCUUACUACUAUACAACUGCACUUACUAAUCUCACAGUUCGUUUUCAGAAGAAGAGUUUCUUGAAUAUGAAUUCUCAGGCCUACGAGAUUGUACAUCUGUCUCACUCUCAAUAUCCUGUACCCACUUAAUGAGUAACAACAACCGGUUAGCUUUCCCCUCGAAGCAAGUAAGCCUUAGCCUUCCCUUCAUGAUCUUUCUCAGUAUCUUCUUGGUAGUUGGGCUUUUCCCAGGGACUCAUCUUUUCGGUACCCUUUUGCUUCCAUGAAGGAAUAGAAGGGAAAACAAGAGGAAGAAUAGAAGAGCUCAAGAUCUUGAGCUAGAGUAGAAGUCUAGUUCUACUAGACUUGCUAGGCCAAUCUUCAGCUACUAGAACUAGACACCGAUAGAUCGAAAUGGAUUCGAGAACACUCUAAGGAAAGUAACAACUACGCUUGCACUCUGCUAACGCGCGUAGUAACCAAGCACUUUGGUGGAGGCGUGAACUUGCUGCUUCGCGAGCCCGCUGAGGAAAGACUAGUAUCGCAGAUAUGGAAACACCCGGCUUUCAAACGGUACGAAGUAAACUUUUUAGUUGACACGGCUUUCAAACGGUACGAAGCAAACCUUUUAAGUAGUUUCAUCCCAAAUAGGGAUAGGAAAGUACUAUGCGGUGUUACACACUCGUGGUACUUCUGUUGAAACUGGAAACUUAUAAUUUUUUUUGAUGGCUUUUUUUAAAAGGUACACUUCUAGAGUAUUUCGAAUUUUAUUUUUUGUUUGGAUUUUGGUGACUUUUUGAGAGUGAACAGAGAUGCAGGAGUAAUAGUUCUGCUAGAGCGCGCAACUGCUCCUUAGACUAAACACUUUCUCCAUCAUUUCCUAUGCGGGCAACUACCAGGUCAAAGUUCGUGGACGAAGUGUUUGCUCCGUCAGAGGAGCUGCGGUGGCGAGAUGUCGAACUCAAAGAUCGCGAAAAGUAUCGAAGCUAUGUGAAUUGCACACCAAAGGCAUGGGAUUUCCUGGUAGAUGCUAUCGCCUGGCACAAGUCUCGUGAGGCUGCUGGAGAGUUUGAGAAUGAUCUUAAGGACACUGGGUUUUGUGCGUUUCUCUCUGUUACGACCGUUAGUUUUGCCUCUCUACUUAAUGGAAAAGAGCCGAGUUAACCAACGGGGUGAACUGAAAACACCAAAACCCUACGUCUAACGACCAAGAUGACGGAGCGCAAACCUUUGAUCCAAUGACUGCACCGCAGCAGUUGAUUAGUUUCGGACCGCCGGCGACCAGCUCCACAAUCAACAUUAAGAGAGUCGUGUUGAACUGGUUUUUAUUCGUGAUUGAACGAGGAACAAAAAAGACCGCCUUUUUGUCCUCAAGAUUGACGUCGACGUUAUAGUUGAAUUAUCACUCCUCGUUCAUCUAGGUUCACAAUUACGGAAUUCUAGGUCGACAAUACAUAGAAUUGCUUUUUCGUACUAGUACUUCUAGACGAAAUGCAAAGUAAAUGUCUCGUUCCUGCUGUAGUGCCGUCUUCUAAGUAAGAUCGAGAGAGAAGUAUGACCACCCCAGGAGGCGCUGCAAAUACAAUUAUGAAGCAAGCUGCAGGAUCUUCAACUGUAGCGGCUCAGCCAGCACCACCCAAGCUGCAGAUCAAUUUCGCCGGUGCGACGUCUUCGACUGCGGUACAACAGAAACGUGCGUCGCGAAAAGUAGAAGUGUCACCAGUCCACGUCAAGAUGCUCAAGCGUGCAACGGAGCAGUCACCUUCCCCCAAUAUCAUUAAGGCACCUAAACAGCCGGUUAGUUAUCCCUUAUAUAUCUCCGGUUAAGUAGCGCCUAGUCGUACUUUUUUAACCGGUUAGUAAGUUUUCCCUCGUACUAUAAUAUCUUAGGUUAGUCCGUUUCUCCAAUACUUAGACCAAAAGGACAGGCAGAUAAACACGCUUGAAGAAGUCAUUAAUUAUCAAUCAUAAACCAUUACCGCUACCAGGACAUGUCCCUCGGGAAAAGUGCAGUAGAUGUCUCUACCUGUAGUAAGAAAUUUUUGGGAGUAGAGAGCUGCACAGUACGGUGAGGUCUUCAGCUUAGAAGUACUACAAGAACCAAGUACAACUAGUAUGGCGUACGAGAAUAAGAGAAAACAAGCAGAAAAACCAAGCGUAUUUUGCAAAGCUUCAAGGUUAGCGUGUGAAUUCUCUCUAAGGUGAGCGAGCUGUUAGUGGAUGAGAGGGCAGCCGCGUCAAAAGCAACAAAAUCCUCUACAACGAUGAAGUCAGUGGUUAGAGGCGGUUCAAAACCUAGCAGCAGUUCAGGCGGAGCCUCAAAGGCCGUGACGGCGACGAAAACCGCGGCAGGUCAAAAACCGCCAGUCGCGUCGAUUCCCAAGACCUCUGUGCCAUGGAAGCCAUCACGACUCGUGAAGUCGAUGAAGCUUGAGGCAGCUCCAACCAUGAAAGAGGCAGCUCCGGCGAAGUCGACGAAGGCGAAGUUGGCGGCGACUUCGUCAAAACAAGGCAGUACUACGACAACAACAACGAAGCACGUCGCAGCAUCACCGAGGGCAUCGAAGAUGAAGGCAUCACCAUCACCAGGAGGAGCAAUGAAGGCAAGCGGAUCACGCAAGGGAGCGACGAAAGCAACCGCAUCACCCAAGGGAGCGAAGAAGAAGGAGGCAACUUCACCCAAGGGAGCCAUGAAGAAGGUCGCAACUUCACCCAAGGGAGCCGGGAGGAAGGUGGCAGCUUCGCCGAAGGGAGCGAAGAAGAAGGUGGCAGCCUCACCGAAGGGAGCGAUGAAGAAGUUCUCCGCGUUCUCGUCUAGCACUACCAAGAAAGGUCGUCCGUUGCUCAAAUCAAAAAUACCCGCAAUGAAGCAGGUGAAAAAGGGGGCUGGAGCCAAAAAAGGCGCACGCAAGGGCAAGUAAUGGAAGAUAAACACGUUUCUCUCGUGUAGUUAGCGGGACGGUUGAUAUUUUGUUCGUAAGUUAAUAGCAACUUUUGACCAGACAUCUAAGGAUGCGUUUCACUUUUGCUCUCUACCAGGAGGCGAGUGAGGAAAGUCUUCUCAGCUACUGCACUUGUAGAAACGUCGAUAUAACAACUCUCAUGAACAACCACACAUAUUUAUAGGCCUUUGAUAAUUCUUUUGCUCCUGGAUUUAUAUUGCCAUUAUGCUUUAGCACAAAUUUUGGUCAGGUUGCUCCAUGUGCCUGUUUGAAGCAAAGCGAAAUAGCUAGCUACUACAUUAUGAUGGAAUUUGAUUUGACCACAUGCAGUCUUCAUAUGUACGACAAGACAACGCAGAGGAGAUGAACGAAAGUAGUUCACCUUUGACGACGCAAACACUAGAACUAGAGGACGAUGACGGUCCUUUUCUUUGUUAAACUCCUAAGAAUCACUGAGACGUCCCUGUGAUAUAGUCGUCCAGGGCGGGGACGUGCAGCUAUAGAAACACAUCAGAUCAACUCUAGUAAAUGAACAUAAAAUGCAGAACAGAAAACUGAAACGUCUCGAUCAAAUGGACUUUAAAAAUAGAGCAACAUAUUUCUAACGACCCUCAGAGUCAGUACGACCCACUCUUUCUCAACCUGGUAAACAGUCUGUUCUCUUAGCAUUGCGCCACGCGUGUGAGAGCAGCUGCCCUGGCAGCGAUAUAGGAG